AGUGACUCGGCGCUAGAGGUCGCUGAGUUUUCGUGAGUUACUGUGGCUCCGCCUCGUAAACUCGGAAAUACAACACGGCCGGUUCUCGGAGUUCCUUCUCUUCAGCCACCGCCAUUGUGGUGCAAGGACUGUGUGUCUAGAAUGGCGUCACACAAGACUUUCAGGAUUAAACGCUUCUUGGCCAAGAAGCAGAAGCAGAACAGACCGAUCCCUCAGUGGAUCCGCAUGAAAACUGGCAACAAGAUCAGGUACAACUCCAAGCGCAGACACUGGAGGAGGACAAAGCUUGGCUUGUAAGCUCAGUGCGAUCAGCUUUGACUACAUCUGCACCCUGCAAGCUUCACCACCUCUGCCCAGAUGUUCGAAGAGAUCGUCUGUUAAAUGGAUCAAAAAUCUUUUUUGUACAGAUACUCUGAAAAUGCCCUUGGUCUACAAUAAAUGAUCAGACUAUA